AUUCUUAUCUCUUUUUUCUUAAAACUGCAUUGUUGACUCAAUGCACAGUUUCCUAGAGAUACAUCAAGUCAAGCCUGCUACAUAAAAGAAAUAGAACCAGGCGAAAUAGAUAGGAGAGUAGUUGCUUUGUAAGGUAUCUCUACCUGAAAUUACAUGACCUAAGUGUUUGACAGUUGGUUUUAAUAAUCUAAUCAGUACUAUUUUUUAUAUAUAUUUUUUACAUUAUAGUAUCAAUGAAUAAAUAUGCAAGAUUGAAGACAACUGAACCUCUAACGGAAUUAUUUAUUUGCCUGGAUCCAAAUAUUUAGAAAAUGCGUCACACGGACCGAUAUAAGGUGUUGCACGGGUCGAUUGUCUUGCCGCGGUAGUUAGUUUUGGAUUAUCAGAGGGAGUUAUGGAGACCGAGACAACCCCAAAUAUACCCACAGAAAGCCAUGGGAUGAAUGGGACUGAUAAAGGCAGAGCUGCCAUUAAAACCCAGUUUCUCACAACCAAAGAAAAGUUCCAUGAGUUACUGGACUCUGGAGGGAAGGGUCCUAACGAUGACAAGGCCAGUGACGAUGCAGCACCAAAAGAGACAGCAGAAGACUCUCUGGAAGAGCCUCAAGAGAAAAAAUUUAAAGUGGACCCGGAUGAGCAGGAGAGGACGGAGAAACGGAACAGCAAGCGAAUGCGAGGACAGAACAAGUCUAGGCCGCAUAUGAAACCCACGAGCUACGACAACAGACGACUGUGUCCUUCCAUAAUUCAGGAGCGUGAGACCAAAUGUGUCUACGGCGACAAAUGCAAGUUCAUCCAUGAUGUUGCUGAGUACAUGGCCUUAAAGCCCGCUGACGUUGGAGAGCACUGCUACCUCUAUGACACCUUCGGGAAGUGCCACUACGGCUUGAGCUGCCGAUUCGCCCGGGCCCACAUCAGCGCUGACCUAAAAAACCUGGCUAACGAGGAGCGUGUGAAAGCCAUGGAGGGGAGAACACCCGUGAGGAAUAGCCUGGACAAGGACCUGCAGUGGCGCCUCCGCAAGAAGGUGGUCCCCUUUACAGCGUCUGACGCCUACAUGAAGACCGUUUUCAAAGGCGGACACAAAGCAGGAGAGGGCUGGAAAAAGGCUGUAACAGCAGAGAACGUUGAUAACUGUUGUUCAGCGGUGGUGAUCUCUCAGUGUUCUGAAGGGGAGAAACUACAAACAGACAACCAGGGAACUGAGGUUAGCCAGGAGAACCUGGCUCUAGUGAAAACCAUUGGGCCGUUGACUGAUGCUGAUGUUAUAAAGUUACGACAAUGUGAAAAGAAGCAGGUGGACUUCAAAGACAAGCUGUAUCUUGCUCCCUUAACAACGUGUGGAAACCUGCCUUUCCGUCGUAUAUGCAAACGAUUCGGCGCCGACAUUACAUGUGGAGAGAUGGCCAUGUGUACCAACCUGCUGCAGGGCCAGUCGUCCGAAUGGGCGCUCCUCAAGAGACAUGAGAGCGAGGACCUUUUCGGCGUGCAGGUGGAGGGAUGCUUUCCUGACACAAUGACCAGAUGUGCAGAGCUACUCAACAACAAAAUCGACGUGGACUUUGUGGACAUCAACUCUGGGUGUCCUAUUGACCUUGUAUACAAGAAGGGCGGAGGAUGUGGGCUGAUGACGCGCACCAACAAGUUUGAGCAAAUCAUCCGAGGAAUGAACUCUGUUCUGGAUGUCCCUUUGACUGUCAAGAUUCGUACCGGCGUUCAGGAGAAGGCCAACAUCGCACAUAAACUCAUCCCAGAGAUGAAGAAGUGGGGGGUGUCCAUGAUCACGUUGCAUGGCAGGUCCAGGGAACAGCGCUAUACUAAGUCAGCUGACUGGGACUACAUCAAUACCUGCUCCCAACUCGCCAGCCCCAUCCCACUCUUUGGUAAUGGAGACAUUUUGUCUUAUUAUGACGCCAUGAAGGCUAGAGAGACUGAAGUUUCAGGUGUAAUGCUGGCAAGGGGCGCGCUCAUCAAGCCCUGGGUUUUCACAGAGAUCAAGGAGAGGCGGGACUGGGACAUCUCGUCCAGCGAGCGGCUGGAUGUCCUUAGGGACUUCACCCACUACGGCCUGGAGCACUGGGGCUCGGACACCCAAGGCCUGGAGAAGACCAGGAACUUCUUGCUGGAAUGGCUGUCCUUCAUGUGCAGGUACAUACCAGUUGGGCUGCUGGAACAAGUGCCCCAGAGGAUCAACGAGCGACCACCCUACUACAUGGGCAGGGACUACCUGGAGUCUCUCAUGGCAAGUCAACACGUAGGGGACUGGAUCAAGAUCAGUGAAAUGCUGCUUGGACCUGUACCCAAGAAUUUCAACUUUCUGCCCAAGCAUAAGGCAAAUGCUUACAAAUGAAUUUUGUGUAUGAAUGCUCAACAAAAUGUUAUGAAGGCAAAGCUUUUGUCAAUUUUAUUUCCAUUCAAGUCAGCAGACCUGAAUAUACCUAUUACAUGAGUAAUACGAGUAAUUUAAAAAUGACGUAAAUGAUUUAUUUCAACUUUGUUUGGAGUGGUGUGUUUCUUUUACUUGGAGAUGUAUUUGUUUUACCAUUGCACCAAAUAAAUACUGUAUAUGGAAUAAAAUACAUCUAAAAUACAA